AAAUUCUAAAUACUCUCAAAAGGGUGUUUCUUAAAGAAUUAGCAUCAACAUUUUCACAACACAUACACGUGCACAAGGUCACAUUGAGAUAGAAAAAUGGAGUUCUAUGAUGAGAAUUUCAUGGAGGAAUUAAUGGCUCUAAGAAGAGAAACAUAUGAAACAAAUCCAAGUCAAGAAGAAAAUUACCAAUUCUUGUCAUCAAGUCAUAAUAAUAAUAAUUUGAGUUUUGACUCUUUUGAUCAAAACUCAUUUUCUUAUUUACCAAAUUCUUCUUGUAUUCAACAAGUUCCUCAAAGUUUCAACGACAUUAAUGAAUAUAGUUACACUUUCAAUGAAAUCGAUGGUUCCUUAUUACUUGAUGAAUCUUCAACCACACCACAAAUUCUUGAUUCAUAUUAUAAUAGUACACUCCUCGACGCUCCAUUUAUUUCUCAAGAAGAUUUUCCAUUGUCCAUGAUUGCAGAAGAGGAUCCAUGUUUGCUUGGUGAAGAGCUUCAAAAUUUGGAGCUUCAAACAACAUGCAAAAUGGAGCCAACACAAUCACCUGAAAUGCCGGUUUUCAACACUAGUUCGAGUUCGGAAAGAAAGAAUCCAUCCAAGAAACUUCAAGGAAAACCAUCGAAGAAUCUAAUGGCCGAGAGAAGAAGAAGAAAGCGAUUAAAUGAUCGACUUUCGAUGCUAAGAGCAAUUGUCCCUAAGAUAAGCAAGAUGGACAGAACAGCUAUACUUGGAGAUACUAUUGAUUACAUGAAAGAGCUUUUGGAGAAAAUCAAUAAUCUGCAACAAGAAAUUGAACUAGAUUCAAACAUGACAAGCUUUAUCAAUGAUGUAAAGCAAAAUGAAAUCUUGAUCAGAAAUUCUCCUAAGUUUGAGGUGGAGAGGAGCGGUGACACCCGAGUUGAAAUUUGUUGUGCAGGGAAGCCAGGGUUGUUGUUAUCCACAGUAAACACACUUGAAGCAUUAGGACUUGAGAUUCAACAAUGUGUUAUUAGUUGUUUCAAUGAUUUCAGAAUGCAAGCUUCUUGCUCAGAGGAAUUGGAAAGAAGGACAAUGUUGAGUUCUGAAGAUAUUAAGCAAGCCUUAUUUAGAAGUGCAGGGUAUGGAGGAAGAUGUUUGUGAGACUAUAUAUGAUAGGAGAAAAAGAACCUUAGGAUAUUUUUUCUAUUGCUUCAAAUGAAGAUUGCCCAUUUAUGUUGAUUGGUUAAGUUCUCUCCCAAAUGCAUAAUAAAAAAUCCAAUUUAGCUAGCUAGGUGUGUGAUCAUGGACUUGUCCUAAUGAAUCUUGGGCACAAUUACCAAUCAUAAACAUUUUCAUGUGGCCCCUUAGGGUAUGCAUGUGGUGGCUCAAGCAAAAACGUGAGACAUGAUAAGAAAGUAAAGUUCGGAAUUUUGUUCCUAUUCUUUUUUCC